AUGCACAUGUGCGCCGGGGAACUGCUCUUCCGGUUUUCGGCACUCGGUGCUGAAAAGCGAGUCGGUCGCUUCCGGGCAAGGGGACCCUCGGAGUCACCUGGGUUUCCCCUCUUGCUGUUUCUCCCCUCCUUGCAGGUGAAGGAGAACCUGGUUUCCUGCAAAAUGCUCCUGCACUGCAAGCGGGAUGAGCUGCGCAAGCUGUGGAUCGAAGGGAUCGAGCACAAGCACGUCCUGAAUCUGCUGGACGAGAUCGAGACCAUCAAGCAGGUGCCGCAGAAGCUGCAGCAGUACACGGGCAGCAAGCACUACCUGAUCGCCACGGAUAUGCUGGUGUCGGCCGUAGAAUCCCUGGAAGGACCCCUCCUUCAGGUAGAAGGAUUAAGUGACCUGAGGCUGGAACUUCACAGUAAAAAGAUGAACAUGCAUUUAGUUCUCAUAGAUGAACUCCACCGUCAUCUUUACAUCAAGUCUACCAGUAAGGUUGGACAGCGGAACAAAGAAAAGGGGAGAAUAAGUUCUCAUGUGAAGGAUGCCUCUGCUUUGCCUCAUCUCGACGUUACUAACUUAUCCACUCCUCGCAAGUUUGACUCCUCUCAAUUUAGCACUACAGGAAAUCCCAGCGGAAGGGAAGUCAGCUUGAUAGAAAUCAAGGAAGAUUUAGACCUGGAUCCCGAGGAGAACAGCUCGGUCUUUAUGGGCAUCCUCAUCAAAGGACUCGCCAAACUGAGAAAAAUUCCAGAGACCAUCAAGGCCAUCCAGGAUCGUUUAGAGCAAGAGCUGAAGCAAAUUGUCAAGAGAUCUACCACCCAGGUGGCAGAUGGUGGCUACCAGAGAGGGGAGAACGUAGUCCAGGAAAAUCAACCCAGGUAA